CGCCUGUGAGGCGCCGGCAGCGGCGACGUCUUCGGUGUGGGAAAGGCAGCGAACAAGCUGACGCCAGCCCGGGCGCGAGGAAACCUGCGUGCGGCGGUGGCCCUGCCUCCUCCUCCCGGCGCCUGCUGCCGGGUCAUGAGCUCAGCCGCAUGAUGUGCGCCCGCCCGCCUCAGCUGCCGCCGCCCUCGCCGCCCGCAGGCCAGGAGGAGCCGCCGCGCCGGGCGGCCCACCGGGGCUCCCGCCCAGCCAGGCCCGGGGACCCGGAUCGUAUCAUAUGUGACAAUAUGCACCUUAGCCUGAAGAAAAGACACAAUGUCCAAGUAACAUUUAAAAAAAGUCUGUGAGGGUAAGCCCAGGAAAUCAUGCAGUCAUCAGGGCAUAGGUUCCGUGAUGUGGAACAUCAUCCCCUUCUUGCUGAAAAUGAGAAUUAUGAUUCUUCAUCCUCAUCCUCAUCUGAAGCUGACAUGGCAGACAGGAUUUGGUUCAUCCGGGAUGGCUGUGGUAUGGUCUGCGCUGUCAUGACAUGGCUUCUUGUUGUCUAUGCAGACUUUGUUGUGACUUUUGUCAUGUUGCUGCCUUCCAAAGACUUUUGGUACUCUAUGAUCAACGGUGUUGUUUUUAACUGCUUGGCAGUUCUAGCCCUGUCAUCUCAUCUGAGGACAAUGCUGACCGACCCCGGGGCAGUACCCAAAGGCAAUGCUACUAAAGAGUACAUGGAGAGUCUGCAGCUAAAGCCCGGGGAAGUGAUCUACAAGUGUCCUAAGUGUUGCUGUGUCAAGCCUGAGCGUGCGCACCACUGCAGUAUUUGUAAGCGAUGUAUUCGGAAGAUGGAUCACCACUGCCCAUGGGUGAACAAUUGUGUGGGAGAAAAAAAUCAGAGGUUUUUUGUGCUCUUUACUAUGUAUAUAGCUCUGUCUUCAGCUCAUGCUUUGAUCCUGUGUGGAUUUCAGUUUUUUUCCUGUGUCCGAGGGCAGUGGACUGAAUGCAGUGAUUUUUCUCCACCUGUAACUGUAAUCCUGUUGAUCUUCUUGUGCCUUGAGGGUCUUUUGUUUCUCACUUUCACCGCAGUCAUGUUUGGCACUCAGAUCCACUCAAUAUGCAACGACGAAACGGAGAUUGAAAGACUGAAAAGUGAAAAGCCAACUUGGGAACGGAGGCUCCGCUGGGAAGGGAUGAAGUCUGUUUUUGGGGGCCAGCCUUCAAUCCUAUGGAUGAAUCCUUUUGCAGGAUUUCGAAUCAGAAGAUUCCUCCUGAAGUCAAAGAGAGGUGGUCCAGAGUUUUCUGUGUGAGGCCCACUUUCCCAUACUGGAACUUGCAAAUGCACUCUAGGAUAUUUAUUUGGGGUUUGAAAGCCUAUCGACAUAUAAUCUGUGACCAAUGGGAACUAAACCAACACAAACCAGUUGCUUGUAGCAAGCAAAAUUUUAUACAUUUAUAGUCACAGAGAUCACAAAUUUUCCAAGAUGUUAACUGGAUGCUGUAAUGACUUUUCAGCUGUACCACUAAUGUAAGGCAUGUGGCCACACUAAAGAAGCCAAAUGUCAUUAUUCUACUGUGAGAUUAUGAUUUUUGUUAAAUCUUUUUCAUUUGAUCAAAUGUUGUUUGGGGUAUUACAUAUGCUAUUUUAUUAAAAAUCCUGUGUACUGAGCUGCAUUUGUCAAUCAUGGAACAAAAAUCCUCAGUGGACAAGAAUACUCAAGCCAGUAGCAUCAGGGAAUUUCUGUUUACCAUGUCACUCCAUUCCGUUAUUGCUUUCUCCGUAUCUUAAAGAUAGAGGGACCCUUUCUUAGAGAUUCAUUUCAGUCUUUCAUUUUUAUCAUCUCUUGCAAUUAAAUUGCAAAAGAUCUGUGCACUGAACAGCAUAGGUAAAUAUCAGGUACACUCAUUAAUUUUUUACCCCCAUCUAUUAUUACUCCCUUUUCCUCUCACCUGCCCAACCCUAGGACAAAAUAUUUUCUUGAUCCUAGCAGCAAGUUUAAUGUAUGUAGUUUUUCCUUUUUUUAAAAAGUUAAAAUUUUUAUUUUUAAUGGCAAGCUAUUUUUUAAAAAUCUAUGUUCAGGGAAGAGGAGAAAGCUGCUAUGAUAUCCUCCUUUGGGGCUAACUAUGAAUGUAUUGCCAAUUGGACAGUCUACAGAUCCAAAGAACAAUCAGUUGUCUCCCUUCCCCCUUCCCAUUUUAAGAUCUUGUGUGGGUUUAAUUCUUUUUAAAAAUUUGAGCGUAUAAAAGAGCUGAAACUGAUUUUUUUUUCAGCCAAAUUAGCAUUAUCUGGAUGAAUGUCACUCUUGGUAAAGAAGAGUCAAGCCUCAUGUUAGAAAACCUAAAUCUCUGUGUAUCUCAAUGCUGCAUUGUUAGUCUGAGCAAGGAGGAGAUCAUAUAACCCCACAGUGAAGGCAGACCAGUAGCAUUUCACCAUGACUUUAAAUUGUCGGCUCUUCUUGUGGCUCUGGUGCAGAGGAGAGCAGGGCACGCAUUUGUAACUCUCCUGGUAAAAAAGAGAAACAAGAGUGAACCACCAGAAAGCCCAGAGUCACAUGUGGGACUGCCACGAACGCUACAAUUGACAAGAACCAGGAACCUCAGUGUGUAGCUGAGGACUAUUUCUAAACGGUGAAGAGCUCCUUAUGAGAUGGGCUGGGGAGGGGGUGGGAUAAUGCCUUAAACUCACCUGGUUUGUGUAUGUUUUGUCCAAAGCAUCUAGAAGCAAUGUAUAACAUGCCAAGAGGUCUUCCUUAUUUAAAUUGAUCUCUCACAUGAAACAUUUUGGUAUUUUCCUUCUGGACAUAAUGCCUUUCUGUUUGUCUGUGAAGAUUGUCAAAGAAAGCAUCUGGAUUCGAACCUUACACUAGUAGAGAUGGACUUCAUCAAGAGCUCAACCCAGCGCACAAAAGCCACAUGAACAAAGAAAUUAAUUGGUGUGAGAUCGCCACCAAAAAAAGUAGGAAAUUGAUCCAGAGCAGCCAGAUAAGCGAAAGCUUUGAUUUGUGGGUGAUCGACAAAGGAGACGAGUUCCAAAAGAAUCUUUUUUUCCCCCACAUCUGUUGGGAGCAUAUAUUAGGCUUCGUCAUGAGGCUUUCAAAAUGAUAUAUUCUUUUGGUUGAAGAUUAUUCAGAAUUUGAAUCUUGUGAGACUUAGCAAGUAUGUGUGUGAAAUCAGGUCUACUUGGCUUUUUCAACCCCUUUCAUUGUAAUUUUUAUAUAAAAUAAAGCCAUUCAUUGACAUUUCUCAAA